CGAAGAUGAAGCUGUCGAUGAUUUUAGUGGUACUUCUCGGUGUUUUCCUCGUGUGCUCGGAAGCUUCCAGAGGCAGGUGGUGGAGCUGGCACUGGAGACAUCAUGGUAGGCGCAAUAGACGCUGCCAGAACAGAAUUCAGAAGCUGAAGAGUGAAUUGGAUUGUUUGAAAACCCGACUCAAUGACUGUCGAUCACGAACAACCACCACUACAACAACAACAGCAGCGCCAACAACAACUCCAACUACAGAAACGCCUACAACUAAACCACGUAAGUAAUGCGAUUAUUUCACUAUGGAUAGUUAUUGCUGUUGAUGUGCGGCCG